ACGAGUGCCAUCUGACCGAGAGUUUGGAAAACUUUACCGACUGAGAGAUCGUAACUAGUUAACUGGAGUUUUCCUCCCAUGGUUUCCGUCUGAAGAAACUUCUAUAUUUGAUUCAUUUAAAUUUAUAUGUGAAAUGUGCGUAAAUAUAAAGUGGCGUGGACUUUAACGAAGUAAAAUGGUGUCAGUACCGAUGUCCAGAACGGUUUUGUGGUCAGUGAAAUAAGGCAAAAUGAUGGCGUCAGUAACGGGGUUUACGAGCAAACAAAACAGUUUAUUUCUGAAGUGAUCAGGCAUUUGACAUCAGCAGGAGUUUCAACGUUAUCCAAGGGAGAGACUAUCUAAGUAAUAAAUGUGCUAAUAUCAGAUAAUAUCUCUUUCCCUAGAUGGAAAAUAAAUUCCAUGAUUUCUUUAUUUACGUCAAUUGUCAACUAGUAUGGUGUUGACAGUUAUAGUAUUUGGAAUUGUUUUCCUACAAAAAAUAACAUUUACUAUUUAUCCUCCAAGAGCGAUGUAAACAAUAGUAAACAUCAGCGACUGUUCAAUUAAAUCGUCCUAAUACUCAUUUCCAAACACUUUGAAAUCUGGUGAGAGGUUAGAGUAAACUGAUAUGGACUGCUGCCAUAAGCCCCACAUCAAGCCUACUUUUGUGACAUAAAUAGUACCCCGUCUCCAAUACUGAGUUGAACAUGAUUUUUAGAUAACUGAAGUUAUUGUCCAGUGGAGAUGGAUCCAGGAAUUCCUCAUGUACCCAUCACCACUUUAGCGGGAGUUGCUAGUCUUACAGACUGUAAGGCGGCUCUGCCUGCAGAAUAUAGUAUUUUAAAAGUUUUACCAGAACUUCCCUUGCCGACACCCUCCCCACAAACGAUAGGCAAUAAAUCACUGCUCUUUCACCCAAGAGUUGCUGAAGAAGCCCAAAAUUUGUUGGGUCAGAAAAAUGAAGUUCUCAUACCUCAGUUGGUUGCCUCAUUGGAAAAAACCUCUGCAGACCAUAUAGAAGUCAAAGACAAUUAUGCAGGGGCAGAUAGUAAACUAGACCAACAAGACGGUAUGCCAGAUCUGUUAAAGGCAGUGCUUCAGGCAAAUCCGGAAGUUUUUAGCGGCAAGGCAUACCAACAACGGCUGUUACUGCAACAGAGGCAACUUCAGCAACAGCAAUAUUUACGUCAGCAGCAAGUAUUGCAACAACAGGCUCACAGCUCGCAGCAAAGUGAGCCUUUGACGCCCAGGGUUUCCCAAUCAGACUCAAACCAGAAAUCAGCCGAGUUAGCCACUACUCAAGAGCACUAUUUUAAGCCCAAGCUACCUGAAGCACAGAAUCAAAUAAUGCAAGAAAUCGUCCAUGAGGUUCCCCAGCAUGUUCCUCAAGUACCUUCCAGUGUUAGUAACAUUCCUACAUCGGUAAUACAACAUGCUGAGUCGCAAAUUCUCGAAAAGCAACAAAUUCAAUUACAAAGUACUCAACAUAAGUUGAGCAAUAGUUUUGCUAUGGAAGUGAAAGGGGUAAAAUUUCCGCCGGUCACAAGUGCAAAAACUAUUACCACAUCUCCAGAUUCUAUAACGGGUGUUUUCCCCAAUAUGUCAACUCUUCCGUGUAGUAUAUCAACUGUUUCUGGUGGUUUUAAUCACACUACAACUACCAGUGAACUGAGACAAUUGAGAAGACCUAUUAAUAGAGGUCAACAACACCCCUCGACAGUUAUCAGAGACUCUCCUUCAUCUGAGGACCACCUAACCAAUUUAGUAAAUUUUCCAGACGAUCAUCAAUCAGCACCAACCCUUUCAGAUUACUCUAGUGAAAUGGAAAAGUUAAAACUAGAGCAAAGUAAUCUUGAUAUAAAACAAGUGGUUGUGGUUAAGCUCGAUAGAAUAUCAGAGGAGGAUCAGGUUUUAAUGCAAAGAAGUUUGACAGAAUUUGUACAAACUAAACCUCAGCUAGCCAAAGAACUAGGUAUAGAACUGAAGAAAGGCAAGAAUUACAAAGAGGAUUCUGACUCUGAGAAAGAAGGAGAGCAGCCGACUAGGCGAAGAGUAAAACGGAAGUAUAAAGAGAGUGACGACGAAUUUGAUCCAAAUGAGGAACCUGAUCCGACAGACACUUUCUCAGCGCUGAUAGGAAAGAGACGAAGGGUUGCUAGUAAAGAUGAUGCAGAGCCUGAAGCUUUCGUUUUAAGCAAGCCUAAGUUGCGACGAGUUGAAAAGAAAUUCGUCCCCGUAUUACAGAAACUUCCUAGCGAAGAACUGAUGGAAAGUAAUACUUAUGUGCGUUUCAACAAAUCAUUGGAACAUGUAUUGCGUUCUGGGGAGGACAUAGAUUUUGCAGAAAUUGGGGCUGAUGAUAUGAUUCAAGACGAGCAUUUGCUUAGUCGCUCAAUCAUGUCAGAAUUGUGCACUGAAGCAGCUAAGCUCAAAGUUCUAGGAGCAAUGGAAAUGAUCCCCACUGAUAAACUGACAAGACUGCUCAGUAUAUUGGAACUAAAUAUACGAGGCGGUGAUAGAAUAUCACCCAUAACCGACGAAGACAAUGAGAGUAUUCGUCAGUACUGGCUAGAAACCACCAUGGAAAGAGUAAUGGGAGCUGCGAAUGCUUGUUUAACAAGUUUGUACAUAAUGACUUCACCAAAUAUGUCAAAGAAAGUUUAUCUGGAAGAAAUUAUCGAUAGAGUGGUUCUAUAUAUAAAAUAUCACUUGUCCAAUACGAUAUUUCCCAGUUACGAUUCCACCUAUAAGCUGGAUAAUAAGAAAAAGGAUGGCAGACGAAAGAAAUCAACACCAAUGUCCGGAAAAGGAAUUAGCAAUUUGUAUACAAAAAUUUCAGAGUUAGUAAAUUUACUGUCCGAGCUUCUGAAUAUACAAAUAUUAACGGACACAUCCGUUUUGCACGCAUCUUCCAUGGGUAUUAGUCCAUUUUUUGUCGAGAAUGUCAGCGAACUGCAACUGGCAUGUUUAAAAUUAGUCACAACGAUAUUUACUAAGUAUGAGACUCAUCGCAGGAUUCUGCUGGAUGAUAUUUUGGCUUCUAUAGCUCGACUGCCAAGUACAAAGCGUAGUUUAAGAACUUACAGAUUGAAUAGUGAAGAGCAUAUUCAGAUGCUUACUGCGUUGGUAUUGCAACUUAUUCAGUGUGUUGUCGCUCUGCCAGAUAAACCCGCGGCAAAUAAGAUGGACAAGGAGAAACAUGACAAGGACAAGCAGCAAAAGGUGGAUGAUGAUGUUUUGAUUUGUAACAAAUUUGAAAAGGCUACAACAACAGCAGCAAUAUUCUUAAACGUAUUUUUAAGUAAAUGCGGCAACAAGUCGGAGGAAAUUGAUUAUAGACCACUAUUUGAAAAUUUUGUACAGGAUUUAUUGUGUACUGUGAAUAAGCCUGAAUGGCCUGCAACAGAACUUUUGCUUUGCAUUCUCGGGAGGAUGCUGGUGCAGAAUUUCUCAAAUAAAAGCACUGACAUGUCACUGAGAGUAGCUAGUUUGGACUAUUUGGGAGUUGUGGCUGCAAGACUUCGUAGAGAUAGUGUACUGUCAAGGUGUAAAUUGAAUUCCAUCGAUCAUAUGAUCAAAGACAUCAAGCAAGAAGAAAUGAAAGAUAAAGACGAGUCGACUCAGAAGAAAAAGAAAGCUGAGAUGAAUAAUGACGAGCGUAGCCAAUUCUUGCAAAGAAUCCUGUUGGAUUUUUUAGCCGUUAAUUCUCAGAAUGACGAGUCGCUUAAAUACGCUAGACAUUUCUACAUUGCAUGGUGGUAUAAGGAUUUAGUCAACGAAAAAACUCAAAUUGUUAGUGGUGAAAAAAAGGAUGUUAACCGAUCUUCAAAACGAAACGGAAAAUCUAGUGACAGUGAAGAAGAGGAAGACGAUGAAGAAGACCCAGAGCCUGUAGACACCGAGAAAGAAAACGCUGAUAAAUUCCGCAUAAUCGAAGAAAAGAAAAAAGUGCUAUUAGGCAGAAUAAAACCCUUUCAAGAAUCAAUUUCUUCCUCUUCUGGAAACAGAGUUCAAGUCUUCCAAACAUAUAUUGACUACAAUAGCGCUGAAUUGAUUGUCCAAUUUCUAGCUUCCAAACGACACUUUUCACAAAGUUUCGACCAAUAUCUGAAAGCUAUUUUGAUGGUGCUGAAGGAAACUUCUAUUGCAAUCAGAACAAAAGCUAUGAAGUGUCUCACCAUGAUCGUGGAAGCGGAUCCUUCAGUUCUAGGAAGGCACGACAUGCAAAUGGGAGUCAAUCAAUCCAUUUUAGAUCAAUCAACCUCUGUCCGCGAAGCAGCUGUCGACUUAAUUGGAAAAUUUGUACUCAGACGGCCCGAACUCAUUCAUAAAUACUACGAAAUUCUUUCACCACGCAUAUUAGAUACAGGAGUGAGCGUAAGAAAACGAGUCAUUAAGAUACUGAAGGAUAUUUGCGUUGAAUGUCCAGAAUUUCCGAAGAUACCAGAGAUAUGCGUAAAAAUGAUUCGUCGUAUCAACGAUGAGGAAGGAAUCCGGAAGUUAGUUAUGGAAGUUUUUCAAAAUAUGUGGUUCACUCCAACGAAACAUGACGAGGCGUUACUUAGGAAAGUUUUCCAUAUUACUGAUGUGGUGGCGUCAUCCAAAGAGAUUGGACUGGAAUGGUUCGAACAGCUGCUCGUUAGUCUUUACAAGCCUAAGGAAGACAAAGACGACUCGACGAAAAUUAAUACAGAACCCCCUAAGGCUCUGCUUACCGCUUGCAGGCAAAUUGUCGAUUGUUUGGUAGAAAAUAUCUUACGGCUCGAGGAAAACAGUGCCCAUAGUGGGGCCUCCGAGAGGCUCCUUGCUUGUGUAACUACCCUGCAGUCUUUUGCCAAAAUCAGGCCUCAACUUCUCAUCAAACAUGCGAGCACGUUACAGCCUUACUUGGGCUUGAAAUGCCACACUGAUGGUGAUACGAAGAUUAUUAGUUGUGUUGCUAGAAUGCUGGAACUUGUAGUACCUUUGAUGGAACAUCCUAGCGAUUCGUUUUUAGCUCAAUUGGAAGAAGACGCUAUGAAGCUCAUCUUUCAGUACAACAGGCCAAUAAUUAGUAGUUGCCUAAGUUGUUUAGGAUCCAUCAUUAACAAGGUUACUCAUAAUUUUAAGCUUAUUCGGGACUGUUUCAAGAGAUUUAACAUGAUGCUUCGAGAAUUUCGCAUGAAUCUAGAAACAUACAAUUUAGAUUUUCAAAAGAAUAUGAGAAACCGAUUUCAGCUCAGAAGAGCUCUAUUUGUUGUUGGGCUUCUACUCAGGCAUUUCGAUUUUACAAAUCCCGAAGUUCUUGGCGACCUUCCUCCUGAAACGAAAGAUCAAGUGUACUUAAACAUGAUGUAUUUUAUCCAACAAAAUGAUGUGGAUAUUCAAGUCAAUACACUUAAAGCAAUUGGAAACAUUUGUAUACGGCAUCACGAAUUUAUGUUGGAACCGGAAUUAAAAGAAUUUUAUCACCGACAGUUAAGCGUUGAAGAUGCUCCUUUACAAAUGAAAAUCGACGUUCUUCUUAACGUCGAGAGCUAUCUAAUUGAAGAAGAAAAUCGAAUGAUUCAGCAAGAUUUGGAAUGGUCUAAGCGAUCGAAAGAAGAAAAUCUGAAAGAAAUGAAUGAUGUCUCGUCUGGAAUGGCUAGUACUGUUAUUCAGCAAUAUUUGCAGGAAGUAAUGAAAUGCUACUUGCAUCAAAAUUUACCGGUUCGACAGCCAGCUUUGAAAGUUAUCCAGUUGGUUUGCAAUCAAGGCUUGGUCCAUCCAGCCCAAUUCAUUCCUUCGCUGAUUUGUAUGAGUACGGAUCCGGAAAAAUCUAUAUCUCACAGUGCGGACAAGAUGCUGUCUGAAAUAGAGAAGAAAUAUCCGGGUUUUGUUCAUUCACAAGCUUCUAUAGGAAUUGACUUAUCACAUCGACUUCAGAAAAUAAUACACAGUGAUUCAAUAGUUAGAGGAUAUGCCGUUAAGGAAAAAGGGGAAUAUCCAACUGCCUUAAAUGGCUAUUUAUACUCUUUACUGAGAAACUCCAGACAACAAAGACGUGCCUUAAUUCUAAAAGUUAUUAAGCAUUUUGAUGAACAAGCUCGAUCAAGUUUAUCUUACAUGUUGUACCUGGCGGACAAUUUAGCGUAUUUUCCUUAUCAAGUGCAAGACGAAGCUCUCUUUAUAGUUCACCACAUUGAGUUACUGGUCUCGAAUUCGGGUACAAACUUGCUUCAGUCGUUUAGAGAGGGUUUGAUAUCAGAUGCUCAGAGUAAAAUGAUGGAAACCGACAAUGGGGAGCUAAUGAGCAAUGUUGUUUCCGCAUUGGAUGAAGAUGAUGAUGAGGAAGCAUUGGCUGCCCGUGUCCCAGAAAAUGUUUGCCAUUUACAAGCCUGCUUGACGGCUGCCCAAGGAUGUCUUUUGCUUCUCAUGCUGAAGCAGCAUAUUAAAGAUGUUUAUGGACUAAGCGAUGGAAAAAUUCAAUUAUAUUCUCCUUCCGAAGCAGUUAAAGUGUAUGAAAAGACUAUUUCGCGUAGAUCUAAUGCUCUUUUUAAUCCCAAAACAACUCUGCAAAAGUUAAAAGAGGGUGCACCACCGGAUUACCUUGAUGAGAAUGGCCAACGCGAUCUAAUUCGGCAGUACUUGGAUUUUAAACAUUUAAUGUUACAACUGGAUCCCGACGAUGCCGAAGAAGAUGAGAACAGUAGGGCUUUGAACAAUUUAGGAGGAACUUUGAAUCCUGCUUUGAAUCCUAAUGCUCCAGCUGCCAUACUGACUGAAGCGGAUCAAGUGGUACUCCAGAACUACAAGGAUCACUCACCUCCUAAAGUUCCGAAAAUGGUAAUAUCGCACAGGCGAUUCGACGGUGAGACGAAGCGAACGCCUCGAAGUCACCGAUCAUCUGAAAAGGCGAGAAAAGUGCGACACAAAAAGAAGCGAAGAAAAAUCAUGAGUGAUAGUGAAAGUGACGAAAACGAUUUCAGUGAUCCCGACUUUUUGGUGUAAUAGUUUUAAGCUUGAACCGAUCGUUAUCCAUAAUGUACAGUGAUUUUUUUAAUCGAAUUCUGUCGAUGAAAUGUGUGACUUAACGUGUUGUACAAGACAUUUGUCAAGGUCAGUGUAAUAUUUCAGUUUGAAUUGGAAUUGCUCCCAGAGAUCGUAACUCACAUCCGUAUUAUAAAUAUGAUAGAGAUUAUAUAGAAUGUGAACCUCUCUGUGACCGUUUUGUACAGUUUUUUAUGAAUUUUUUAUAUUGAUUCAGUCAGAUUAGGUAACUUGUUCUGGUCCACAAAAAUAUAUCUAGUCAUAUUCACUGGCAAUGAGAUUCCCUUUGCAUCAUCUCAGAUGUCCACAUUCUUUGGUUGAUAAUUGUUACUUUUGUUUAGAAAAUUGAAUUUGAAAUUGAACUAGAGUCAUAUUCCAAAACAUGUGCAUCACAAUGGGCAUAUUAAAUAAGAUGAAACAUGCAAUUAAUAAUAACUCUGUCUUAAUUAUCUAAUUGGGUGAAUUCAACAACGAAAUUUUAAAAAAUGAGGAAAAGUGAACUUAGAAAUCACUUAUUUCUAUAUUUUAAAAUAACUGCUUAGGACUUUUAGUUUUAUUUAAUUUGUGGCUAUGGUAGGAAAAUAUAAAAAUCGUUCAAAUUGAGGGACCGCUGCGUGUUAUAGUCAGGUGGAAAUUCUGUUCCUACUGGGUGUAUUUUUGUGGAAAGUAAAUAUUUUGCGUUAUUUUAUGUAUCUACCCUUUCACCGCUAAGUGGCUCGAAGCUUUAAAGGAGAGUAUCUGGCUUUUAUCAAUAUAAUCAAUCUCUAAAGCAUUUUGAUUGUUAGGUAAAUAUCGAUAUUUACCACCAGUAACCUGACCUGUGUCAGGUUAUCAUUGUCCCAUUCGUAAAAAGUAGUUGAAAAAACGUUAUGAAACUGCUAUGUUGAAAAGUAUUGUUGUAACUGAUUUAAAAUGAGCUUUGAAAAUUUUACGUUCAACAAAAACUACUAAAUAAUUAAUACUUUAAGAAAUUAUUCCCAAUAGCACACAAUAUAUGGGUUUUCUUAACCUUUUAUUUUCCACUCUUAAGUAAAACUAAUAAUUAUCCGCUUGAAUGCGUAAAAUAAUUGCAAUGGGAGCGUAAACAAUAGUGUGAUUUUAGCUGUUGCAUGUACAUAUUCAGGGACUGUUUUUAGUUUUAGCAGACGAACCUGCCGUUGAACAAUUUUUUAAAUAAUUUGUAUGUUGACAAAGAAUAACACAGCAAAUGUUUAUUUUUAUAUAGUUAUACAAUUAGAUGAUAUGGCCAGAUAUUCCUUUUCAUUGUCAGUUAGUAACCUGUUUCAAAUUUUAGGCUGAUAGUUCAAUUUUUAAAGCUACGCGAUAGAAAAUUUUCAUUCUAAUUUAAGAUAGUUUGGAUAGACUCCAUAUUGUAUUUAUUGAGUAUCAGAGAAUUAUUAUUUAAGCAGCAAUAAAUUAUUUAUAAAUGUAAGCUUUAACCAAUUGUUCAAUUCCUACCAUUCAUCAAAUUAUUUUACAUACGUAUUGGUUUGGCAUGGGAUCAAAUUUAGUGUUUGUUCAAUUUGUGAAAUGUGGUGUUCCCUGCAUCUUUUCUGUAAAAAUUUGCGUGUUAAUGGCCCAGAAGCAAUGUUUUGUGUUUUUUUGUAGAUUGGCUGCUAUUAUCAAUGUAAUAAUCAGUUAUGUAUAAAGUCAGUAUUAUAUUUUACCUAAUGUGAUAAAUAAUAAAUCAUUAAAUUAG